UCUCGUCAGCUGCACUACUGAAAUUGCAAACACAAAGCAAACGAAAACAGCUACAGGCCUCUGUCUGUUCGCCCGUCGUCUCCACAAUCCGUACGGACGUCACCUCUCUCACUCUCCCCUCGCCACUGCUCCAUCGUCGUCUUCCUUCUCCUGUUGAUCUCGCACUUGUUUCCUGGAUGCUCCUGCGCUCCAUAGAUCAACCCUUCUUCUCCAAAGACUAUAGUUUUGGAAGACUGGUUUGAAGGAAAUACAUAUUUUCCUUGAAGAUGUAUAAGGCUAAAAGGUCUGCUGCCCAGAAAGUGAGGCGCCGCGUUGGAAAAUAUGAGCUUGGGCGCACAAUUGGACAAGGAACUUUUGCAAAGGUUCGGUUUGCAAAGAACAUGGAGACUGGUGAUCCUGUUGCUAUCAAGAUCCUUGACAAGGAAAAGGUUCAGAAGCACAGAUUGAUAGAACAGAUUAGACGGGAAAUUUGUACAAUGAAAUUGAUACAACACCCCAAUGUUGUUCACCUGCAUGAGGUGAUGGGAAGUAAAACGAAGAUUUUCAUUGUUCUAAAAUAUGCCAUGGGAGGAGAGCUUCAUGAUAUUAUUGUUAGUACUAUUAUACCUCUGAUCCCUUGUAUGCCAUUUUUUCUUUGCAGUAAUUGUGUAAUCUACACCAACAUUUUUUCGCAUCACAAUUUAGUGCAGUCCAGUAACUUCAUAAGUUAUAAUCAGGCCACAGGUGGAAGGUUGAAGGAGGAUGAAGCACGGAGAUACUUUCAGCAAUUGAUUAAUGCAGUUGAUUACUGUCAUAGUAGGGGUGUAUACCACAGAGACCUGAAGUUAGAGAAUUUGUUGCUUGAUACUGCUGGGAACCUCAAAGUUUCGGACUUUGGCCUAAGCGCUAUAUCUGAGCAAGUGAAGGCUGAUGGAUUGCUACAUACUACUUGUGGAACACCUAACUAUGUUGCUCCUGAGGUUAUUGAAGAUAAGGGCUAUGACGGUGCUCUUGCAGAUCUUUGGUCAUGUGGAGUAAUUCUUUUUGUACUGCUUGCAGGAUAUCUGCCUUUUGAGGAUGAAAAUAUAGUCUCCCUUUAUAAUAAGAUUUCUGGAGCCCAGUUUGCUUGUCCCUCUUGGUUUUCUGCUGAAGCUAAUAGGAUAAUUGUUAGAAUCUUGGAUCCAAAUCCUGCUACUCGGAUAACUACUUCUCAAGUACUACAAGACCAAUGGUUCAAAAAGGGAUACAAGCCCCCUGUUUUCGAUGAAAGAUAUCACUCUUCUUUCCAUGAUGUUGAUGCUGCUUUUGGGGACUCAGAAGAAAAAUAUGUUAAAGAGGCUAUGGAAGAGCAACCAACCUUGAUGAAUGCAUUCGAGUUGAUUUCACUAAAUAAGGGUUUGAAUCUAGAUAACUUUUUUGAGUCUGAUAAGAAGUUCAAGAGAGAGACAAGAUUUACAUCGCAGUGUGCUCCGAAAGAAAUCAUCAAUAGGAUCGAAGAAGCUGCUAACUUACUAGGAUUUAAUAUCGAGAAGAAAAACUACAGGAUGCGAAUGGAGAACAUAAAGGCAGGAAGAAAAGGACAUCUAAGCAUUGCGACUGAGGUUUUCCAAGUGGCACCAUCCUUACAUGUGGUUGAGCUCAAAAAGAAAAAGGGAGAUACUUUGGAGUUUCAAAAGUUCUACCAAACGCUCUCGACGCAGCUAAAGGAUGUUGUUUGUGAUUGUGAAAAUGCUGCUGCGGAUAUGAGCUAAGCUAAGCAGCAUGAGGUUGCUCCACACUAGCUUGAGGAGCUUAGUGGUAGAUUUCUCUGUACAUAGCAAAUUUCUGAGAUGUAGCAGAUCAUUUGUUACUUCAUGUAUAGAUAGAUAUUCAUAUAUCGUCUCCCUAGGAUUAGGCAACAACAAUGUUACAGUUUUACUUCUCACCAUUUGAGUUGUUCCUUCUAGAGCAAAAAAGCU